AGACUCGAAGAUUAUCUCUUCUUCCUUUGUGUUUGAAAUUAGUUCAGACGGGACAAUUUGACCAGGAAACAGAGCUUUCAGACUUUACAAAUGUCCCUAGAACAAGAAGUAGACGUUCUUAACGAUAAUGAGGUGUUCAAUAGAUUAUUCCCCAUUCAUCGCGCUUGUCGGGAUGGAGAUGUUGGGGCUUUGCUGUCAUUUCUCCAGGAACACACUCGUCUGACAACUGAGGACUCUUACUACGGCUGGACCCCCAUUCACUGGGCAGCUCACUCUGGACAGUUGGAGUGUGUCAUACGCCUGGUGCAGAUGGGUUGCGAUGUGAACACGGUGUCAAGUCGCUUCAACCAGACCCCAACACACACAGCGGCAUUUGGCGGGCAUCCUCACUGUGUGUUGUGGCUAUCACGGGCAGGUGCGGACAUCAACCAUCAGGAUUUGACGGGUGAGGCUCCCAUCCACAAGGCUGCCAGGGCCGGAAGCUUGGAGUGCAUCCAGGUGCUUAUGAUAGCGGGCGCAAAAACACAUUUAAGGAACGCCAGCGGGCAGACUGUGGCUGACCUGGCAGGCAGUCACGGCUUAGACGACUGCCUUCGCCUCAUCUCCAACCUUCUGCAGCUCAAUGAAAAGCCUAUCUGUGGUCCUGGUCUGCUGGGCAGGAAAAGGCUGCAUUCUGCUUUUGAGAAUGGUCACAUAAAAAAGGCAAAGAGAGAUGAGUUUCUGCAGAUAAAUAAUGCUGGAGUUGAUGACUGCAUGGAUUCCAACCCUUCAGAUUCCAGCACCAUCAUAAACCGCUCUCAUCCACUGCUGCCGCUGUCUCCUCUUGACCAAAUGAAUGGGGAACCAAUGCUUCCCAACCAGGAUGAGGAUUCCACUCCACUGUCUUGGCAGCAGGUUGGUGGUCCACACUGUCAGCACAGAUCAGAGGACAUGUGCGGCUCCCUGCAUCGAACAGCAAGUCCCAGCAACUGUGUGUCCCAUCGGCCGAUGUUGCCCGGCCUGUCGGAAGCGGACUGCAGCGACUUUCUAAAUUAUGGACAUUAUCACGGGUUCGGGGACACAGCAGAGGAGCUGACCCAAAGAGGCCUUCAAGAACAGAAGUCACUUUAAAGGCAUUGGAAGUGACAUCCAUCUGUGCCAGGAUUUAUAAUCUUUUUUUCUCACAGAUUAAUUUUUAUUUCACCAAAUAGUCCCAAAAUAUUUUUAAGAGUACUUGGGGAUUUUUUGAUAACACUCAGCAGUUUGGGAAUGUGCAUUCGGUGCUGCAUAUAAAAUACUUGCUUUCCUAAUAAACACAUUUUUGAAGUUUUACAAAGAA